UGUACAAAGCACAAUGCAAGGCCUCAGCUUAAAUCCACAGUAUGUCUUCAUACGUAUGCUGCUCUUUAGUCAUAAUUAUUUGAAUUUCGUCACGUGUAUGGCAUUUUAGAAAUUUUAUGGCACAUUUACACCACCAUACUACACUUGUGCUUUUUGAUUGCUCCUUGCUCGACUUGAUUUCAGUCUUCAGUCAAAAGUAUAUUAGUACUAAGCAAAAUGGAGUGUGCGCAGUUAUCGGGUGGUUCCGGCUAUCGUUCCGCAGCUGUUUUGGCAACUCAGAAUUUAAUGCUGGGGGCAUUUAACGUAUUUGCAGCAACCCUGCCACUGGCGGUGGGAAUGGGAGACAUUGUACUAACGGCCGUCAUCCAAGCGGCAUGGAUCGUCGUCACCAGCAUUGUUGGAGUGUGUGGCUUCUUUUGCGAGCCGACCGCUACUAGUAGCUCUUCACCGUUAAUCUCCGCAAGGCAUAUGACUGCCGGAUUACGCUUCCUCAGACUCUAUAUAGCCUUCCUGAUUAUCAGCAUAUCGCUGACUGUAGGCAUGGUCACACAGGGCGCUCUCGUGCUGACCUGGCAGCGAAGCCAUUCUGAUGGUUUCGGUACCGUGGAUCCUGGCGGGCCCUUUGCCAUCGGUACUGGAGCGUUCUCUGUUAUGUGGCUAACCAUGCAACUCGUACGUGCUGUGGCGGCUAUCAGUGACAGGACAUCGCAUGGUAUCGCACCGGCUGGAGCUGCUCCGGCAUCUCCGCAAACGGUCUUUAUCGCAGGUUAUCAUCCGCCGGCUACGCGACAAUCCAUGCUGGCGGAGAUAGCGCCGCCGGACGACUAUCCUUAUCCGGCUGCACAAACUAAUAGCGCCACUCACGGUCUGGAGCGUUUUAUUAAUGAUCACUUGGAUCCUGGAAGUUCUCCACAAAUUACCGGAUACUUUGCUACGAGCCACGCAUCAAGAAAUAUGCCGCCGGGAGCUUUGUUUGCGUAUUCGGAAGUUGUCAAGUACUGACAAGUACUAACACCUACCAUCGUGUCAGUACUGUGAAUAUUAUAGUUGUACGCGUUUAGAAUGAUGUCCACAAGUUGGCAAUAUGCUAGUACAGCACAUAUUUGGUCGAUGCUUUUAUGGACCUUAAGGCUGUAUAAAAGUCCAGUUCAGCCCGGCGGCACUGGAAUCGACGCUAGACAUAUUGACACUAUUUUCUUACAUACAUGUAUUCUUUUUUCUUUUCUUAUUUCUUAUUUAUUGUUUGCUCUACUUAAAGUUAAUGGCGUAGAUUGAUUUACUGUAGCUCGCUUCUGCUUCGCGCUUACGUGGCAGCUCUUGGCGAUUAGAAGUGGUAUCAGCCGACAAAAGUUUAACAAUAUGCGCAUCAGUGCGGAUAAUACAAAAUGAUAACCUAUCAUAGGAUACAGCCAAAGCGGAAGUUGUUGAUUGAAUUUAUAAAAAGUUAAUUCAAAUGCACAACUUGCGGUAUA